GUUCACCUGAACUCUUGACGACUGUUCCUGCGCGCGCAGGUGAGCUUUACCGGACACUUUGCUUGAAAACAAUACUUUCUGACAGCUUUACACUGUUCUGAAGCGACUUCAUCGCAGUUUUGGACAACUUUAAACUCUUUGUGAUUAUUUUGAAACACUUCUGAGGAAUGUCGCGGAUCUGAACAAAAAAGUGUGUGUACUCGUGUCUGUGUUUACAAGUGAAAAAGUUAUCCGGGUCGCACGAAACGUUUGCGAGAAAGCAAAUCAUGGCAACAGGAGGAUUUAAAUCUAACAGUGCGACAGACUUUCUGGAGGAAUGGAAAGCAAAGCGUGAAAAGAUGAGAGCAAAGAUGCUUGGAGAUAUCGCUGCCGCCACCGGGAGAACCACGGAGUUAAACAACAACGGCAGCAGCUCGGUGAACUGCGUCUCCUCUGCGCCCUCUUAUCCGGUGGCUCGGUCCUCCUCUUCAUCCGCUCUAAAGGACGAGCCGAAGACAUCCGAGCCGCCCGGGGGAAACUUGAAGAAGACGCCGGAGAAAGUGAGCGCAGUCCCCCAGGCGGAGAGCCCGAGCCCCGCCGGCGUGGAUGACAGUGAUAAGGAGAGUCCCACACACAGCAAGAGCAAAGAGAAGAAGAGCUCAGGACCCAGCGCCAGAAAGGGUAAAGGACAGAUCGAGAAGAGGAAGUUAAGAGAGAAGAGGAGGUCAACAGGUGUUGUCAGCAUACCGUCCAACGAGAGCCUGGAUGAGCUUGAUGACGAUGACGGAGAAGAGAAGGAGAGGAAGAGGGAGGAAAACCUGACACAGCACAACACGGUCCAGAACGAGGCCUUGACCUCUGAACAUGAAGCAGCUCAUUCGGUACAGGACCCUCCAAGAUCCAGAAGUCAUAAGAGUGAUGAAGAGGGAAGCAGACAUCGUCAUCGACACGGUCGGGACAGCAGUGGCGGUGCACCCACAGGCCUGGAGAGGAGGGUGGAGGAGCUGGAGAGGGAGCUUGCCUUGGAGAGACAGGAGAGCGACCUGCUGAAAGCCUAUCAGGAGCAGGACGAGCUGAUUGUGAAGCUGAAGGAGGAGAUUGACCUGCUGAACAGGGUGAGAACGUGAUUGAGGUUUGGGAAU